AUGUCCGCCGAAGACUCCCAAAACUCUACUGGCAACGCCAAUGCCAUCGCUGAUCAGCUCGAGCGCCUGAACGUUGACGGCGAAGCCACUGACGCCACUCCUCGCACUGAGCAAGAGUACGCUGAGUCGCAGCUCACACUUCGCGCCAUCGUUUCCUCCAAGGAAGCUGGUGUCAUUAUUGGCAAGGCAGGCAAGAACGUCGCCGACCUGCGCGAUGAGACUGGCGUGCGCGCUGGUGUCAGCAAGGUGGUUCAGGGUGUUCACGACCGCGUGCUCUCCGUCACUGGCAGCUUGUCUGGCAUUUCCAAGGCCUACGGUCUUGUCGCCAAGGGCCUCCUUGACGGCGCACCUGCAAUGGGCAUGGGCGGUGUCAUUCGCAGCGAUGGUACCCACCGUACGUAUACAUGCUAUGCUCCCAUCCGUCUCCUCAUCUCACACAACCAGAUGGGCACCAUCAUUGGCCGCCAGGGCCUGAAGAUUAAGCAGAUUCAGGAUGCUUCUGGAGUCCGCAUGGUCGCACAGAAGGAGAUGCUCCCUCAGUCCACCGAGCGUAUUGUCGAAGUCCAGGGCUCUCCAUCUGGUAUCGAGAAAGCGAUUUGGGAGAUUGGCAAGUGCCUGAUCGACGACCAUGAGCGCGGCUACGGAACCGUUCUCUACAACCCCGCUGUGCGCGUUCAGCCUGGUGCUGGACCCCUCACGACCAGCAACGGUGGUGCCACAGCAGGUCUUAGCUCUGGACGCUCGUACAACCGCACUGGUCACGGCGCCGACUUCAGCGACUCGCCUCCUUCGUCGUUCCAGCGUCGCUCUGGUUCUGACGCCGCAAACCGACCUCCACCGCCGACUCACACCGAAGAUGGCGAGGAAAUGCAGACCCAGAAUAUCAGUAUUCCCUCUGACAUGGUCGGCUGCAUCAUCGGUCGUGGCGGUAGCAAGAUCAGUGAGAUUCGCAAGACCUCUGGCGCCCGUAUCUCCAUCGCCAAGGCACCUCACGACGACACUGGCGAGCGCAUGUUCACGAUCACUGGUAGUGCCAGUGCCAACGAGAAGGCGCUCUACCUUCUUUACGAGAACCUCGAGGCCGAGAAGAUGCGCCGCAGCCAGGCUCAGGAUUAG